AGUCUAGCGCGGAUGCUGCCCGCAGCUGCUGCGCGCUGUCAGCGGAGCUGAGCUUGCGGAGGCGGCUGAAGAGGCGGGAAGGGGCGAAGGUUUGAGUGAGUGGGCUGCGAUGGUGAUGGCGGCCAAGAAGGGCCCAGGCCCCGGUGGCGGGGUCGGCGGGGGAAAGGCAGACGCGGAGGCAGCCUCGGAGGUGUGGUGUCGCCGGGUGCGCGAAUUGGGAGGCUGCAGCCAGGCCGGGAACCGCCACUGCUUCGAGUGCGCCCAGCGCGGGGUCACCUACGUGGACAUCACCGUGGGCAGCUUCGUCUGCACCACCUGUUCUGGCCUCCUGAGAGGCCUGAACCCUCCUCAUCGGGUCAAGUCCAUCUCCAUGACCACUUUCACUGAGCCUGAAGUACUGUUCCUUCAAUCCCGUGGAAAUGAGGUUUGCAGGAAGAUCUGGCUGGGUCUUUUUGAUGCCCGGACAUCUUUAGUACCAGAUUCCAGGGACCCUCAGAAGGUGAAGGAGUUUCUCCAGGAAAAAUAUGAGAAGAAGAGAUGGUAUGUGCCCCCAGACCAAGUAAAGGGACCCACUUAUACCAAAGGCAGUGCCUCCACUCCUGUCCAGGGCUCAGUCCCAGAAGGAAAGCCCCAGCGGACACUUCCGGGUGAGCCUGUGCCGUGUCUCUCAGCUGCUAACCAGGUAACUUCUGUCAGUCAGCCCCAGGCUCGGACAUCCCAGCCCCGAAGCUCCCAGGCUCCCCCUCAUUCUGUCAAGAAAGCCAGUACUGACCUGCUGGCUGAUAUCGGUGGAGACCCCUUUGCUGCUCCCCAGACGGCACCAACUUUUGCUGCAUUCCCAGCCUUUGGAGGUCAGACGCCUUCCCAUGGGGGCUUUGCCAACUUCGAUGCCUUUGGCAGUAGCCCCAGCUCUUCUACAUUUGGCAAUAUCCCUCCAGUUGGCCAAGCCCCAUUCCAGGCCCAGCCAACACCCGCAGGGAGCAGCCAGGUGACUCCAUUUGGUAUCUCUCCUCUCGCGCCUGCCAGCCAGCCUAACAGCCUGACAGAUAUGGGCAGCAUCUUGGGCCCUGGCGUGCCAGCUGCAGGUAUUCCUAACAGCAUCUUCGGGAUGACUGGCUCAGCCCCUGCACCCCAGUCCGCCACAGCAGGCCCCAGUGGCAGCAUGGGAUUUGCGUUUGGAGCCUUCACCAACCCUUUCACGGUACCUGCUGCUCACCCCCAGCUGCUCUCUACCAACCCCUUCCAGCCCAAUGGCUUGGCCGCAGGACCUGGCUUUGGGCUGAGCAGCACCGGACCAGGCUUCCCCCAGACAGUGCCACCGACUGGGGGCUUUGCCAGCACCUUCCCAGUGCCUCUGUUUCCCCCACAGACCACUCAGCAGCAGAAUGGCUCUUCCUUCGGAGACGUAAGAUCAACCAAGCUGGGGCAGAGGCCACAAAGCCAGCCAGCUGGGAUCUCCACCAACCCGUUCAUGACUGGAUCAUCAGCAAGCCCAUUGGCCUCCAAACCUCCAGCCACCAACCCAUUCUUGUAG